CAAACAAUAUUCUUCUUUCUGAACGAGUGUUUCCGAUCUAUUACGAACUCUUUAUCGGUAAUCUUCGGAAAUCGUCGUGAAGGAAUGAGGAUGUACUCUGCCCAGCCUCCCACGGACGAAUAUUGCAGCUGUGCGGACAAUGGCGGAUCUGUGAACUCUUCGCUUGUCAUCUACUAAAGGAAUCUUUCAGGCUCUCCUCAAGUAACCUAGACACUCGUGAAUCAGGAAGUCGAUGGAACGUUGGCGAACCGAUGGCUACUAGGAAUCUAACGGAGAUUUACAUCAAUCUUCGCACUGAAAUUAGUCGUUUCAAGGCGUAUUCGCUGGGUGACUCCGGUGUACGUAGUGAUAGUCCUGGGGACGAUGAUACAGUUGCCCUUGUUAGAAGAACGAGUGAUCUAGAGCUUGGAGUACAAGCAGGGGGACUUGGUUCGUUACCUCCACAAUGGGUUGACGUUUUGGAGGAGAUUCAGUAUGAAAUUACAAGAAUAAAGCAAAGAAUGCAAGAGCUGUCUACUCUCCAUGACCGUCAUCUGAACCGACCAACCCUUGAUGACAGUGUGGAUGAAGAACAGACAAUAGAAAUAACAACAAAGGAAAUAACACAGAUGUUUCAUCAAUGUCAAGGCUCCAUUCAAAGAAUAGGAAGACAAAGUAGAAAUGCUUCAAAACAAGAACAACGGCUUCUAAGAAAUGUCAUGUCAUCUUUAGCUGUCAGUCUACAAGAUUUAUCCACAAACUUCAGAAAAGGACAGUCAUCAUAUUUGAAAAGAUUAAAGAACCGCGAAGAAAGGGAAAGGCAAUAUUUUGACACAGGCCUACCAGCUACUAGCAGUGCACUUAUGAAUGAAGAUGUGGUUGAGGAUGACGAACUUUACGACAGAGGCUUUACUUCUGACCAGAUGAGACUCGCUGAAGAGAACACGGCUAUAAUAGAGCAAAGAGAAAAGGAAAUCCAGUCCAUAGUGCAAUCAAUAUCAGAACUUAAUGAAAUUUUCAGGGACCUUGCUACCAUGAUUGUAGAACAGGGUUCAAUAUUGGAUAGAAUAGAUUACAAUGUAGAACAAGCAGCAGUUAAAGUCGAGGAGGGCUUGGAGCAACUCAGAAAGGGUGAGAAGCAUCAAAAAGCCUCUCGAAAGAUGUUAUGUAUAAUCUUAUUAGCUAUUGUUGUAAUUAUUAUGCUGUUAGCUCUUGUAAUAACAAAAGCAAAAUGAUGAUUAUGUAAGUGUAUUUGUCAUUGGUGUGAUCAUCUGUAGGUUUUUUCAUAUUAAUUUGUACAUUUGAUACAAAAGAAAUGGUUCGUGAAAUUUAAAACUAAGUCUUUUUAUCUUUCAAAGUUAUUUUAGAACGUAAUAUUUCCAAUACUGUUCUUCUUUUCAAAAUGAAAUUAUAGUAAGAAUUUAUCAUCUGGGUUGGGGAUAAAGAAAGGUAAACUUUCUGUGUUCCGUUGUUGAAAAUCAUACAAUUAAGCUUUCUGUGCUAUUUCAAUGGUAAACUUCCCAAAUCCAAAGGGCAAAACUAGUUGUUAACUCUAAAAACCCAUUGAGUAAAAUAUAAAUAUUAUAUAUUGCAGAUGCAAGGAAGGAGUUGGACUAAAGGGCCCUAGUCAACCACAUCUUUGUUUUUGUUUACUCGCAAGAGUUUGGCUAUUAUUUUUUGUUCUGAGCAUGUUGAAAUGAAGGAAAUCACUGUGAAACUACGAAAGGUAGUUUUUAAAACGUACUUUCUCUUCACCAUUGUAUCGAUAGUUUUGAUGGCAUCAAAAAUGGCGGAAGCUGACUAGGGUCCUUUAAGAAUGUAGAAGUCAGUAGGAAUGAGCAAAAAACUCAUACAAUGCAUGACACUUAAAGAAUGUGUUGUUCUGGAAAAAUCCAUCCCCCAUCCCCACAGAAAUUUUUUCUGUUUGAAGCCCCAUUCACUGAAAAUUUCAGUUAAUAGGAAGUUUGAGACCACCCCACUCCCUUGGAAUGAAUGGCUGUCAAAGGGGCAUAUGGAUUAUGGAUAUUCUCCAGAACUGCACAAUGUUACCUGUUACACAAAGUACAUUUUUAGGUCACCUAUUGCCGGUUUUCAUGUGACGUCGUCAUUUUCCAAAAUUAAAAAUUACCAAUCCUUCUGAAGAUCUAGUUUCAUUAGAUGUAAGACCCUCUAAGAACUUGCCCUUUUACACCAGGAUUUCUCAUUUUUUUAUAGAGGACGUCUGAAUUUUCGAGUUAAUUAAAUGCGUCGUGUGACAUUAAAAUGGUGCCCUGAGAAGACACUCACAUAGGAGAUGAGUUAUAGCCAAGUUUUUGCUAACUGAACAGUUCUUGCACAAAAAUAAUUAUUACUUUCAAUGUGCUGGAGCCCUAGAGUAAUUCAACAAUUUGUUGCAAUAGCAAAACUGAAGCUAACUGAGUGACACAUGUUUCUGUUACACCAACAUGGUGUCUCAAUACAAAGCUCUAUAAAUUUGGGUGCAACACUUUUCUGAAUAACGUGCGAAUGAAAAACCACAUAGGCCUUAACCUUGGUGAGGUUGUUUACAUAUCAAUCAUCUAUCAUUUCCCAGAUUCUUGACUUCAUUUAUUGAAUGGUUGCGAUUUUUACUUGUGAUGGUGUGACAGUGAAAACUAGCAAUAGAAAAGGGAAUUCCUACAAAAACACCUUCUCACUCUCUGUGGCAUGCAUCACUACAUUCUUAAGGUAAUCACCAUGCAUAUAAUGGUUUAAUAAAGAUAAUUUUCUACUCUACA